AUGGCUGACAACAGCUCAGCCACCCCUGGCAACCCCUUCAAAGACGAAGAAACCUACCAGCUUUAUCUGUUCAUCAAACACAGCCAAACCACUUUGAUCCCGUUCAUAUGUGGAAUCGGAUUCGCCGCGAAUAUCGUAUCGCUGAUUGUAUUCAUGCAGCCCAGCUUAAGACGUCUGUCUUGCAGUGUGUACCUGGCCGUGAAAUCGGUAUCGGAUUUUCUAUUCCUGACGACAGCCUUCGUUAUUUGGCUGACCCGGAUACAGAUCGGUCUAUUCAACAUGGAGGGGGUGUGUCAACUUGUCAUCUUCUUCUCUUACCUCUCGGCCUUUGUGUCCAUCUGGCUGACAGUGGUUCUCACAGUAGAAAACCUGCUCUGUGUCCUUAAGCCCCUGUAUGUUCAAAGAUCCUGCAACGCCACGUCUGCCAUAGUUUUAACCGCAUCCAUUAUCCUGCUUGGAGUUGUUCUAUACCAAUUCUCACUGUGGAACAACGGCGUUCAAGAACCUCUCAGUCAUAUUGUAAACCCUCAAACUACUUUCAACAAGGGUAACUCUACCAUUACAAAAUACGAAAACGAAAGUAAGUUAAAUUUAAGCUCCCAUGAAGGUUUGUCUAAACUUGUGACAGUCGAGAACGAUACGUUGCUGUCGAUGUCAAACACGACAGAUGUUGUACCUGGCAAGGUGUGCUCACCCUUGAAGCAGUACGAGACGUUUAUCUGGGCCAUCACCUACCUUGAUUCUCUCAUCACCAUCUUCGUGCCUAUGAUCAUCCUCGCCGUCACCAACACCGCCAUCGUCGUCAUCGCCAUGCGCUCCACCCGCCGCACGAAAAUGCGCCACAAAGACACGACCAUGUACCAACUGCAAGGCGGCUGCCACAAAGGGAAAAAACAAUCCACAGCAGCCGCUCUGGAAACACAGGCCAGCAAGUUUCUAUUUUUAGUCUCGGUCACCAUGUUGGUGUUCCACUCGCCGAGUCACGUGAUCAGGCUCAAGAUGAUGGUGUCGUAUUCCGGGAUGGAGGUCAUCCUUCAGAUUGUGUUCGAGACCGUCUACUACACCCACUACGCCAUCAGCUUCUUCGUCUACCUGGUGUUCGGAUCCAACUUCAGACGUGUGUUCCUGUCUCUUGUCACCAGACGAUAG